AUGUUACAGGGCCAUGCUCGAGCACCCAGUAUCGCCCCCACGCCAAAGCCUGCAACUGGUAGUCGGCCAUCGCGGGAGCAGGUUCCUGCUGAGGCAUGGGAGUCUUUCAAGGGGACCAUCAAGCAUCUGUAUUUGGAAGAGCGUCGCCCCCUGAAAGAGGUCAUGCAGAUCAUGGCGGACCAGUAUGGCUUCCAAGCAACGCCGAAGAUGUACAAGACCAGAUUCUCCCAGUGGGGCUUUGUAAAGAACAACACCGAGGACGAAGUGAAGAGACUACUUUCUAUGAAGUUUCAACGCGAUGCCGAGGGCAAAGUGUCCGAAUUCGUUCGUAACGGCAGGGUCGUCAAUCUGGGCACGUAUCUCAAGAGGAAAGGAGUGACGGAGUACGAUCUUGUCGACUUUGAAACGCCAGCUCAGCUCCCGUCAUACGUGCGAUGUCGUACCCCGACACCGCCGCCCGCUCCGGGCUAUCUGCGAUCACCAGACCUGCUCCGAGCGCAGGAGACGAUUGUUGGGAAUAUGCGGAAAGCAUUUUUGCACUGCCGCCAGUUCGAGGUCGAAAUUGACAAGCAGGUCGGAUGGACAUCGAUUAUGCUUUGGGGUGCCGGGUCAAGCGACAUGUUUGCUGAUGCGAAUAAGAAAUUCGAAAUGGGCGAACACGACGCGGGUGGUCAUCAACUAAUGAAGGCAUUCAAACGAUUGGAGAUGGAUCUCAAACAACUAUCACCACAAGGCAUCAAGGAACUAUUGCUGGGAAUGGUGCAUCGCGAUGCGGGCAUGAUGACUGCCCUUUGCAAAUAUUUGGCGGCAUAUUCUUCGACGAACUUUGAGCGCUCGCAUCCCCUGCGACAGACGUUCUCUACACUAUACGAAGUGCAACAAAAGCAUGGACCGAUCACACUAUCGGAGCUUGUCUGGGGCUGCAUUCCCACCAUCGCCGAGGAACUCGAAGCCAUUUACGGACGGCGCCAUCCUUACGUAGCCAGGACGUGGAUCGACUUGGCCAUCUUUUACAACCACGCCAACCCCGAGAGACUCGAGAAACUGCUCUCCGAACUCCAGCCGCUACGGAGACAGAUAGCAGGUCGCCAUGGACAGGGCAGUGCAGAGGAUCUGGCCUUGCGAUACGCUGUUGUUCAGCUGAUGCAAGCCGCCUGGCCCAACGCCGACAACACGAGAAUGGAAGCUCUGGAAUUGUGGACUGCGAUGAAGGAGGCCGGCCUCGUCUUUCCGGUGCGGGGCGCAGAGCACAACACCUUUUGUUUCCACAGCCCCCUCAAGAUCGAUCCGUGGGAGAGACGAUGCAGGGAGCGAUACGACAUUGGGACUCAAUUCUUCCAGCAACACUGCGGCAUCAAAGUGCUGCCCUAUUUCGAGGAAGACAUGCAUUACACCGAGCAUGCCCCCGACUCACAUUCGGCCUUGGCAGCAGCCUUGGGCCACAUGCCCCAAUCCAAGUUCUCGCUCAUCUAA